UACCCCGGCAACGGCGCCGCCGGCGCAACGCGGAGCUCGGGCCCGGCCGCAAGAUGAUGCUCUCUCGGGCCAAGCCGGCCGUGGGGGGUACCCCGCCGCCGGGAGACAGGCGGAGGAAGAAAGGGAAGGAGGUGCCGCAGUUGGAAGAACUCUUGGCCCAGAGGGACUUCACCGGCGCGAUCGCCUUGCUGGAGUUUAAGCAGCACGUGGCGGAGGAGGAGGAGGAGGAUGGCAGCCUUUGGAUUGGAUACUGCGCGUUUCAUUUGGGUGACUACAAGAGAGCUCUGGAGGAAUAUGAGGCUUUAACCAAGCAAGCAACUUGCAAACCAGAGGUUUGGGUGAACCUUGCCUGUACCUACUUCUUUCUGGGGAUGUACACUCAAGCAGAACAAGCAGCCUUGAAAGCACCUAAGAGUGGUCUCCAGAACCGUUUACUCUUUCACCUGGCACAUAAGUUCAGUGAUGAAAAGAAACUGAUGAGCUCUCACCAGAACCUGCAGGAUGUUACAGAAGAUCAGCUGAGCCUGGCAUCCAUCCACUACAUGCGGUCCCACUACCAAGAAGCCAUUGAUAUCUACAAGCGCAUUCUGCUGGACAAUCGGGAAUACCUGGCUCUGAAUGUAUAUGUGGCCCUGUGCUAUUACAAACUGGAUUACUAUGAUGUCUCACAGGAAGUGCUAGCUGUUUAUCUUCAGCAAGUUCCUGACAGCACCAUUGCUCUUAACCUUAAGGCUUGUAACCAUUUCCGACUUUACAAUGGAAAGGCUGCAGAGGCAGAGCUCAAAAACUUGACAGACAGUGCCUCAUCAUCUUUUGAAUUUGGCAAGGAGCUCAUUAAGCACAAUCUGGUGGUUUUCCGAGGAGGAGAAGGGGCUUUGCAAGUCCUGCCUCCUCUGGUUGAUGUUAUUCCUGAGGCAAGACUGAAUCUUGUGAUUUACUAUCUCCAGCAAGAUGAUGUGCAGGAGGCUUAUAACCUGAUUAAGGACCUGGAACCUACAGCUCCACAGGAGUACAUCCUCAAAGGGGUGGUAAAUGCAGCACUUGGACAAGAAAUGGGCUCGAGAGAUCAUCUGAAAAUUGCUCAACAGUUCUUCCAGUUGGUGGGGGAAUCAGCCAGUGAAUGUGAUACCAUUCCAGGGAGACAGUGCAUGUCCUCCUGCUUCUUUCUUCUUAGACAAUUUCCUAAUGUCCUAAUUUACCUCAACUCAAUCAAGAGUUACUUCUACAACAAUGACACUUUUAACUUCAACUAUGCCCAAGCCAAAGCUGCAAUGGGCAAUUUUAGUGAAGCUGAAGAGGUGUUCCUUUUGAUCCAGAGUGAGAAGAUAAAAAGCGAUUUUGUUUACCUUAGCUGGCUGGCUCGCUGCUAUAUUAUGAAUAAGAAACCACAGCUAGCCUGGAAACUCUAUCUGAAGAUGGAAACAUCAGGGGACUCCUUUAACCUAUUGCAGCUCAUUGCAAAUGAUUGUUACAAAAUGCGUCAGUUUUACUAUUCAGCCAAAGCCUUUGAUAUUCUGGAGAGACUGGAUAAUAAUCCUGAAUACUGGGAAGGCAAGAGAGGUGCUUGUGUGGGUAUAUUUCAAAUGAUCUUAGCUGGACGAGAAGCAAAAGAGACUCUGCGGGAAGUUCUGCACCUUCUGAAGAGCACUGGUAAUUCUCAAGUAGAGUACAUUGUUCGCGUCAUGAAAAAGUGGGCCAAGGAGAACAGAGUCCCUGUUUGAGUCAGUGUCACAAAAUGAACCAGGUCAGUUGCUACUGGAUGUUUGGCUGGAAGACAAGGGUCUUGGUUUCUCCUGUGCAUUCUGGGUAUCUCCUUCCUUGCAGGACUUUAGGCAUUCAAGCAGGUUGACCCACCUGAGGAAGAAUGUCCUGCAGUGAGAUUCAAAACAUACAGCAACUUUAUUGGUGUUUUUCCUGUUGUACCACUCUAUUCCUCAGAGAUCUUUUUAAUAUUAGUUCCAACUGUCUACAAAAUCAAGGUGCUCAUCAAAUAUUCCUCCACAAAAGUUACUGAACUGCAUGGUGGGGUUUUUCCCCAGCAAGCCUUUUGGCCUCUGGAGAAGAACAGUUUGUUACAUGACUCAGACAAACCUACUUCAGCAAGUGAUGGAGUGAGGCAAAUAGAGAUGGCGACAGUGAUACCAUUAGGCACUGCUAGGGUAUCAGAUAAUACAAAAGGCUUAACAUAGAAUCAUAUGAUCAUAAAAUGGCUUGGGUUGGAAGGAACAUUAAAGAUCACCUAGUUCCAACCUGCCAUGGGCAGGUACAGCUUUCAGACAGUUUUUUUUUACUCAGAGCUGCUCAGGUUCCUCAAUGCUUUAUCCAACCUGGCCUUGAACAGUUCAAGGGGUGAGCCAUCUACAACUGCUCUGGGUAACUUGUUCCAGUGCCUCACCACCCUCAUAGUAAAGAAUUUCUUCCUGAUACCUAAGCUAAACAUAAUCUCUGUUUGAAACCAUUCCCUCUUAUCCUGUCACUACAUGCCCUUGUGAAAGGUCUUUCUUCUUUAGGACUUUUAUAGAUUACCUAUCUGAGUAUUCUGAGGAGUAUCCUUUUCUGGAUGAAUUUCAAUUACCAAUACCUCAAUUUGGGGUUUUUUUGUCUGUAAGGAUUGUUUUCUCUCUUAUCAUCUUUGUCAGAGCAUGGAGACUUAUUUGACUGAUGGUAUUGUUCAAUCUCACUUUGAAAUUUAACACUCAGAACAUUUCUUCAUGGUAAUAUAGUUCACAUGAGAACUUUAGCAAUCUGAUGGAUAAAAAGAUCUUUUGAAUUAUUUUGUUCAGCAUUUACCACUGUCAUGAGCAAUAUAUUCAUUAUACUUAUGGAUUUAUUAUACUGUCCUGUCUUUUUAAGGAGAACAGUUCAGGGAAUACAUAAUUCUAAGAGAAGGUAACAGUUGUAACAUAAAAAUGUCUUAUACAUUUGAUAGUAAAAAACAUUUGUAUAUUAUUUGUAAAAGAAAAUUUACAUUUUAUAAAUUUGUAAAAUACGUAUUUUUUUAUCUUCUGAGGGGAAUUGAGAAUACCAUAUUCUCUACUGUCUGUGCAUUGAUUAAAGCUCUUAUUUGAAUCUACAGUUGAAUGUCUGAUUGGUCUGUGUUGCUUCACAUUGCAGAAGUUGGAAUAGCAUAUUCAUUUUGCUGUGGAAGAGAGCAGGUUUGUGGCUGAUUGUUAAGUGCAUGUUCAUUAAUCAGUCAGAGGCAAGCCAAUGGCCUUGGUCCUGAUCUUAUAGUAGUUUGCUGAAACUAAAGCAGCUGGGUGUAUGUGGAACAUGCACACCCUCCUGCCAUAUAAUGUGUCUGAUUUUACUGCUUUAGGCA